AGCGUUUCCAGGCUGCCGAGCGCUCAGACUGGAGGAAGACCAGCGACCAGAUGGAUAACAUGACAGACUUCCACAUUCAGCCGCUGUGGACCACCAAAGAAGUUUCUCUCCAAGUGCACGAAGGCUUCAGGGUGUUCGGUAUGUACUGUCACGGCUUCCUGGCGGGCUACGCCGUGUGGAACGUGGUGGUGGUGUACAUGUUGGCGGGGCAGCACCUCACCGCUCUGUCCAACCUGCUGGAGCAGUACCACAGCCUGGCGUACCCCUCGCAGUCUCUGCUCUACAUGCUGCUGGCCAUCAGCACCGUGGCCGCCUUCGACCGGUAAACCUCACAAAUGUCAACAACACUGUGCAGACCUGAGCAAGCUGACUGCUGAAGCCAAGAAAAGAAAGUUUUCUGGUUAAACUGCCCUUUUUUUUCAUCUAGCAUACUCGCCAGUACCCAAAUCAGCCUUUUAGGCUGCAUCAGAGGCAUUUCCGAAACUGGUAUUAGUAUUAGAACAACUCCAAUCUAAAUGACGGCGAUAUUUUUGGUCCAGCGUUGCAUUUUAAGACUUAAAAAAAAGUCUGGCUUUCCAAUUGAAAAAUGUAAACAAAAGCAU